UAAGAAAGGUGCUGGGAUGCUCAAAACCUCCAACUUAGUUUUUCUUUAUCCAAGAAUAUCCCUUGAUUACCCACGCCAUAAAUCUUGGUUCGCAGAUGUCAAGAUGGCACCACCAGAUGCCAUCCUCGGCCUUACAGAGGCAUUUUUAAGUGAUAAAAAUCCCAAGAAGGUAAACUUAGGUGUAGGUGCUUAUCGCGAUGACGGUAAUAAACCAUGGGUAUUGCCCAGUGUUAGAGAGGCUGAAAAGCGUAUAGCUUCUAAAAAUAUGAACCAUGAAUAUGCGCCUAUCAAUGGGUUGGCAGAGUUCUACAACAAGUCAGUAGAGCUGGCACUUGGGAAAGAUUCGGAAAUAUUGAAAGACAAGCGCAACUCAACAUCACAGUGCUUGAGUGGCACUGGUUCAUUACGCAUAGGUGCCGCAUUUUUAGGCCUCUUUUGGAAAGGUGAACGCCUAGUACAUUUGCCCAAUCCCACGUGGCCUAACCAUAGACCCAUUUUCAUGCACUCUGGACUCAAGGUAGCCACCUAUAAUUACUAUGACCCGAAAACGCUAGGGCUCAAUGAGCAGGGCCUCUAUGAAUCGUUGUGUAAAAGUCCCGAAAAAUCUAUCGUUCUGCUACAUGCUUGUGCCCACAACCCUACUGGCGUGGAUCCGAAAAAGGAGCAAUGGCUUGAAAUAUCACGUAUAAUGAAAUCGCGCAACCUGUAUCCCUUUUUCGAUAUGGCUUAUCUUGGUUUUGCCAGUGGUGAUAUUGAUAAGGAUGCGGAAGCAGUGCGUAUUUUCGCCUCAGAAGGACAUGAAUUUUGCUUGGCUCAAAGUUUUGCCAAAAACAUGGGACUCUAUGGCGAAAGAGUCGGCACUCUUACUAUCGUUUGCUCCACUAAGGACGAGGCAGAGCGUGUGACAUCUAAUGUGAAAACCAUCAUACGACCCAUGUAUUCUAGUCCACCUGUUUAUGGUGCACGUAUUGCAACGGAGAUUUUCGGUGAUAACGAGCUCUAUUGCAUGUGGUUGGAAGACUUGCAGACAAUGGCUAAUCGUACAAUAAAUAUGCGCAAUCAAUUGAUGGAAAAAUUAGUGGCACUCGGAUCUAAGCGCUCGUGGGAGCAUAUUACCAAUCAGAUUGGUAUGUUUUGCUAUACAGGACUAAAUCCGGAGCAGGUGGAACGCUUAACUAAGGAAUUCAGUAUCUACCUGACAAAGGAUGGACGUAUUGCAGUAGUUGGAUUGUCUACGAAGAAUGUCACAUAUGUGGCAGAGUCUAUUCACGCCGUUACGAAAGGCUAAUACUA